GAGCGCAACGACCCUUUCUCUAAUUUGUUCUCUCUCUUCAGGGUUUCUCUCUCUCUCUCUGGGGUUUUUCUCUCUCAUCAACCGAUCAGAUGGAGAACUCGAACGUCGUCUCCUGCGAGAAGCUCGAUCGCAUGGCGAGCUGGCUCGGCGCGAGCAUCGCCUCGGCGUUCUUCGCCUCGCUCGAGCGCUGCUCCUGCAUCAAUCUCAGCACCAACGACCCCGAUGACGACGCAGACGAGGCCAAGGACCGUCCCCUCGUGUUCUCGAAGCCCGAAACCCUAGAAUCGACCGAGAAACCGUCUCCGGUUUGAUCGAUAAAGAUCUCGGUACUUUCUUUGACGGAUAUAGAUGUAAAUACCUGUACUUUCAGCUUUUGACGAACGAUUGCUCUUUGGGAUUUUUCAUGAGUUGGAUAUGUGUAUUUUUAUUGUAGAAAAAUGAACUUCCGAAUACAAAUCUAAUUCUUGCUAAUAGUUACGAGUGCUGUUGGUUU